GCGUGCGUGCGGUCUAACGGUAAACGGUGCUCCUGCGAGAGAGGGAGAGCGCGUGUGUGUGUGUUCGCCAGCCAGACAGAGAUAGCAAUAGCAGCAAGCUGAAGUGAGCAGCCAAACGCAGAUAAAUCAAAAAACGAAUGAUAGAAGGCAGAGUCCAAGAGAAGAGGAGCAGAAAUCACAAUCACACUUGCUGGCAUUUACCGUUCAACUUUUUUUUUGUGUGCAAAUUGAUGCGAAAUUAAUAAGGACAAGUAAUACACACAUACGCACACGUGGAGAGGACUUUUUGGGACCGCGAUGAUGGAGCAAGGUGUGCGAAACCAGACAACGAUGUCGACGACGACGAAUCGCAAUAGAACCGCCGGCGGCAUAGAAGCGCCCAGCAUAGCCACGGCAUCCGCAUCUGCAUCCGCGUCCACAUCCGCUACAUCCGCAGCCUCUGCGGCAUCCGCAUCCGCAUCCUCCUCCUCGUCGUCAUCGGUUUCAUCGGCCACUUGCUCGGCAACGAUUGUCCAGGCGAAGCAGCGACCUCCGCCUUUGAAAACGGCAACGACCACGGUGACCACCACUUUGGUGAGCAGCAGCGAGGGCGGCCAGCCCAUACCACCCACCGCCCAUUCGGGUGGGGGUCCAGGUGGUCCAGGUGGUCCUGGAGGUCCUGGUGGUGCCAGUGGGAGUGGCAGUUAUCGCGGUGCCGCCACCCUGACCACGCCCUCAACGCCCCGCAUCGAGCUAAGUCGCGCCUCCAGUUCGUCGCAUCACGAGGAGGACAGCCGGGAGAGCAGUCCGGAGAAUGUAUUCGAGCAGGUCGGCACUGGCACCCUACAGGAAACGAUUGGCCUUGGCUUUCGGGAGGAGGGCGCCCUCGAGCUGCGCAGCUCCACCGAGGAGCUGUACUUCAUGGAUCCCGAGCAGAAGAAGGAGGAGCAGGAGCGGAUCCAGCAGCAGCAGCAGCAGGCCAAGCGCUCCUCGCCGCACAUCUUCAAGUUCGACGAGCACCAGAGCUACCUGCAGCAGCACCAGCGCAAGGACUCGGCCUCCUCGGAGGUGGCGGCCCUGCUCUGCAUCUCGGGUCGCACCAGUCGCAUCUCGAGCGUGGGCAGCCAGGGAUCGGCGGUGAGUCGCCUGUCCGCCAUAUCGGGUGUCUCCCGUUCGCCCUCGCCGCAUCGCAUGCUCCUGGAGACCUCGUUCUGCGGUCCCAAGCCCGUCGAGCUGGGCACGUCCUCAGCUGGCGGAGGAGGCGGAGGAGGUAGUGGUGCCUCCACGGCGGCCAGUUCCUCGCACAGCCAGGCGGAUGGAAUGCCGGGUGCCGGCACAGUGGCAGCCAAUGCGGCGCUAUUGGAGCAACUACUCUUGGCCCGCAAACAUGAUCCCACCCAGGCGGUGCUCGCCGAGGGCAUCAAGGUCCUGCCCCCCGCUCCCGCUACCGCUUCCGCUCCCAGUCGCAGCAGCAGGAGCAGGCAGCCAACGGCGAAUGGUGAACAGAGGGCAGCGGAGAAGGUGAAGCCCACAAUUGGCGGACAGCGAAGGAGCACCAAGAGUCCCGGCCAAAUGGUGGUGGGCAAGACGGCCAGCGGCACGGAGUACAUAAGGAUCAAUCUGCGGCCGGAUCACAUGUACAGCGACAAGGGCAUCGCCUCCAAUGAGCGGGUGGUGGAGGCGCCCAAUCAGCUGGCACCUGUUUACUCCAAGCCCGCCUCGCUGAGUCUCCAGGGAACGGGUACCGGUGGCAUCGAGGAGCACCGCCUGACGCCCACGGCGAGUCCCAAGCCGGGCAGGCGGCUGACCAGCAGGUCACCCUCCCCGGCCACUGGAGGAGGCGGCGGAGCAGGUUCAUCCGUUUCUAGAAAGAGCUCUUUCAGUAGCCUCUUCCGCCUGGGCAAGGACUCACCGGAUUCGCCCAGGGAGACGGCUCGUUCGAGGAGCAAAAGCAAAGAGCGACCGGCCACCGCCUCGGCAGGAGGUGCCCCCGGAGGAGGUGGCUCCCAGAACGUAACGCCCAGCAAGCAAAAGUCCGUGCUGGCCAUCUUCAAGCCGGGCAAGCGGGGCAGUCAGAGCAGCAAGAGCUCCUCGCCCAUUGAGAGCAGCUUGGAGCCGACGGCGCCACCGCCACCACCGCCGGCACCAGGCUCCUCCGCCGCUGGCAAUCGGAUUCGCACUCCAGCCGGUUCCCGGCCAGGAUCGCGUCUACGCUACUACGACGAGCCCGUGGAGGGGGUCAUACAUAUACCGCUGCAUACGCCGCCGGAGGAGCGCGAAGCUCGAACCCUUCUCCAGGGCAUCCAGCAGCUUACCCAUGCGGCGCAGGCCAGCAUGGAUCCCUCGCCGCUGCCCACCCACCGUGGCUCCUCCGCCGCCGCUGCCCAGGCUGCGGGAACCCAGAUCACGGCCACCCAGCUGGCGGCGGCGGCGGCUGCACUGCGUCCGGUGGCCCAGCGCAGGCAGGUGGCCCAGCGGCCCGAUCUGGAUGCCAUCCAAUCGCUGCCCAGCCAGGAGGAGCCGCCGGGAAUGACUCCGGGAGAGGAGCAGGCGCCUGUGCCGCUCCAGCAGCCGCGUGGAGAGCAGACCAACUGGAGCCUGGAGGUGCAGCGACACAGCUCGCAGGACUCGCAGGAGACGACGGCCGAGUCCGUGGGCUCGGUGGUCAGUGCCAGGGCCGCCAAUCUCGCCCAGCAGCGCCUGCCCUCGGUGGAGAGCACGCAGAGUGCCUGCGAGCCGAGACUGGUGCACACGGUGGCCACCGUCAAUCCAGCUCCCCAUCCCAAUCCCGACCUGGAGACGGCGGCCGCCAAGGAGCGCAGGCGCCUCCUGUUCGCCACCCGCCUGGGUUCCGGCAGCCAGGAGCAGCUCUUCUCCACCCAGUUUAGUAUCUCCAAGACGGAGAGCCAAUCCAGUCAGCUGUCGGAGCAGGUGGAGCACUCCGGUUCGGAGACAACGACCACGGAUGGGUUGCAGCGCCAGGGAACCGUAAUCCGGAGGAUGGAGACCUCGGCACCUCCGCCGCCACCGCCACGGGGAGUCUGCAGCUCGGAGGAGGAGCAGGGCGGAGGAUCAGGAGCAGGAGUAUCAGGAGUGGUGAUGCGUUCCAAGCACAAAUCGCGUCCCAGUUCGGAGGACGAAGCUGCUCCGGCGGAUCUGCGCCAUUCGCGCUACUUGGAGAACUUCGAUGUGCGUCGCAAGCUGCACGAGAAUCUCACGGAGGCGGAGAGGGGACGAGUGGCCGAGCUGCCAGGUGGUGGUCAGGUCACCAUUCCCCGCAAGCCGAAGCGUCAGAGUGUCCCGGAAUCAAGACGUGAGACCGCAAGCUAUAGUUCUGGCACAGCCACGCCCACCACUCCCACACCCACGCCCACGCCCCUGGGUCCAGUGGGUCCAGCCAAGCAGCCACCGAGCGCAGCCACCACUCCAACCACUGGAGUUCCUGCAGUGACCUCUCCACCCGCCGCCGGCACCGCUCAAGCUUCCACCUCCGCCGCCUUGAAGGAGUCACCCAGGGAGCCACCUUCCCACAGGGAUCAACCCAUGCCAAUGCACGAUCCUCUGACCUCCACCACUCCGCCGAAUGCCACGCCGCCGCCGCCGGAACGUCGUCACUCGCAGUCCACGGACGAGCACGAGCCCAUCGAGUCGUCGGAGAGCGAAAGGGACUCGGACAUGGCCGGCAGCUCGUCGGUGACCACGGCAGUGCCGGCGGGCGGAGAGGCCGGGCGGCGGCACCACAACUUUCCGCGCAACGUGUGCGUCAUCGAGGAGCACGAGAGCACCGGCCUGGUGUCCCAAGAGUCCUUCGAGGACGAGCUGCCCUACAUACCCACCACGCUGCCCGAGGAGCGGGCCCAGGGCGUGCCCAUCAUCCCGAUGCGCGAGCGGGCCAAUAUGGAGCUGAAGACCUGUCCGGUGGACAGGCCGCGAUCCACAACGCCGCUGAAUCCCUCGCAUCUCGAGGAGUACUGCACGGGCAUAAUGACGCCGCAGGAGGUGCAGCCGCAGGAGAUCGAUGCACCAGGCUGCGUGGCUCCGGUGCGCGGCGAGAAGCUGCGGAUCAGCCUGCCGCGUAAGGAGUCCAUCGGCAAGGAGCGCAUCCAGAACUCCAAGUCGCCGCGUCGCGUCUCCAACACCAGUGGCAAAUCCUGGUUCGAGUUCGCCGAAGAGGGUUUGCGUGGCAACAACAAUCUGGAGCGCAAGGACUCCGGCAAGCAGCUGCUCCCGGUGGUCACGCCACCUCCGCCGCCGCCGCCUGCUGCCUCGAAUCUGGAGGAGCCCAAGCCGAAGGCAUCCACCCAGCGAAAGCUCUCCGGCCAUUGGAUCGAUUUCGAGAACAUACCCGAGAAGCGGAAGCCCGCCAAGCGGAUCACCACGCUGCCCAAGGAGACGCUGACGAGCAGUGUGGCCGCCACGGCCACCACCGCCUCCUCCGCCGCCGCCUGCGGCAGUGGUCACCACCGCUCCGGCCACCAUCACCAUCAUCAGCAGCUGGGAUCGAAGGCGAAUGCCGAGGGCGGCGACAAGCUGCACUACAACUACGUGAAGCCGGAGGACUGCCAGUGCGAGUGCCACGAGGCGGAGCGCGGCGAGUCGUCGAUUGGAACGACGGGAACGGCAGGAGCCGGCGGAGAUACCAGCACGGAGACGGGCACUGGCACGGGAACCGGAACGGGCAGCGAGUCCCUGGCCUCCGUGGAGAUACUGCAGCAGGGCGAGGACAUGUUGCCGCUGCUCGAACCCGACACCUCGACGGAGGGCAGGAUUUACGGGGACGAGGAACAGGUGCCACUGGUGCGUCACUCUGGCAAGGGCAUCUCCAAUCCCAGGACUCAACACGAGGAGUUUCCUCGUCGGGAUGACGGAUCAAGUCCUCGGAAUCGUCGGUUCCCCGACAGAAAGUAAGCAGUCUCAUUUCGAUUCUCGGACUGGAUCGGUUCUUUAUAUAGAUCUUCAGGGUAGCUAAGCCGGUAAUCUAUCUCUAUGUAAGUCGAGUCACUAAACUAAGGGCCUCCUGGCCUAUAUCCUUAAUGUACCUCAAGCAGAGUGGUUGUUAAACGUUCAGAGGCCGAGGGACAAUGAUCGCUAGACAAUGAUGCGUAUUACCUUUCGACUCGAUUACUCGUAGCUAAAGAAAAAUAAACAAAACAAGACGUAAACGCUAUAUGGAAACUCUAUAUACAAAACAAAAGAAAUAUACUUUAAAACCACAUACGAUAAUAUGCAUACGAUACUCGGAACAUACGAUACAUAUUUAGCUCAUGAAUGUACAUGGUUAGGGUAAUUUUUUUGAUAGCAACAAUUACAAACACUCACUCUACAUACAUAUAUAGCAAUCCUGACUUUUCGCUGGCAAUUUUUACUAUAUGUGAUCUCAGAUAAAGUGUUGGACAUCCGAUCGGAUUCUCUAGCUGUAAGUCGGUGUAUUUGUGUGUAGUUUGUUAACUAGCUCCGGAGUCCGGAAUCCAGAAUCCAGAGUCCCUAGGCUUAGUCACUCCAAUCUUGACAUAUAUAUACAUUUGUAUAUCGUCGUCUGUGCCCGUUUGUGUGUGUGUGAGUGUGUGUGUUUUGGAGAUCUAUAAAUAGAUAUAACUCUCUGUAACACCACCUUCGCGAUUUCGACCCAUAUCUCUAGGAUCUCUUACGAUGAAACACACUGAACGAUCUAUGAAACGAGUUGUAAUCGUUUUCAGUUGAUCAAAGUCAAACAAAGCAAAAAAAACACAAAAAGUAGCCUGAUGCAUAGCCUUUAGUUUAGUUGAGUUCGAAUUCGAAGCGUUAGUUAGUUAGUCAGCCCCGAUUUUGCCGGGCGUGUUGUAAAUACAUAAGUCUAAACUAGAGAACAGUAUUCGAUACAAAGGGUUUUUGGCAUUUUUUUUCCGCCAAAAGUUUGUGAACUUUAAAAUGAGUUUAUUAUAUAUACAUGAAUAUUACUAUAAAGCCAACAAACUGCCAGCACACACACACUUGCCAUAGGAGAAGUUCCUUUUUUGCUUUUCGUUUUUAGUUUUUUCGGGGGUAACCUGUUUGGUGACCCCGACCCCGGUUUAUGCGCCCCAAGAAAUCACGAUACGAAUACGACCUAUAAACUAGCUUAGCCGAAAGAUGUUUUCCCUCACUUACUAUCAUACGAAGUAAAAAAACACUACCUAGCUAGCCUUUGAAAUUCCUAAAUACUUUAUUGAACUUAGCGGACAACGGACAUUCAUUGAAUUGAAGCAAAAUCAAGCAAAUAAAAUUUAAAUUAAUAUUAAUGCAACUUAAGGAAAAACAUAUAGGUAAAUUAUACAAUACAUAA